UCGCCUCCCCAGCUCCCCAAGGCGCCGUCCCGCAGCCCCUUCCGUCUCCCCUGCGCGCUCUCCCCUCGCCGCCCCUCCCUCUGACUCGGUUUCCCCUCUCCCCCGGCUCCGCGGUCGCCCUCCUCCUGGACUGCUUAUUUCGUCCUCGGCCACUGCCUCUCGGGCUCGAGCUUUCUGCUUCGGAGCAGGAGAGAAACGGAGCGAAAGCAGUUUCUGUCUCCCCGGGGUCUGACUCGGUCCCCCGCGCUCGGUUCUCUGUCCCCUCCCCCUCCCGCCAUUGUUCCCGGCAGGAGGAGUGCGCGGCGCAAACUUGCGAGUUCCCCCAGUCUUUGCCCCCGCAGGGCCGCGGACGGAGGUGGUGGCGGAGUUCACGCUGCCCACAAGUCUGGCCCGACCUUCUGGGGUGGGGGCCUGGGGGCAGGGGCCCUGGGCCGGAGAACCCGGGGCCGCCUAACGGCUCGGAGCUCACCGCCGGGGGACACCGGCGCUGAGGCCUGGGUCUCAGAAAGUGGGAAGUGGGAAUGAUGGCUCCAUUUCACAGAUGAGGAAACCGAGACUCAGAGCACAAGGCCACACAGCAGGAAGAGGGCAGCUGUGAUUAAAGAAGCCAGGGCCACCCCGGAGCCAGCCUCUGAGGCUUCACCUCACCCCGUUUACACUGCUGUCUCCUCUGCAUAGAUUUGGCUGACUGAGGACGCGACGGGCACUCAGCUUCUCUCUGCAUCUCAGUCGCCCUGCACAGGGGCUGGCACGCACCCUUCUGCAGAGGCCGGGCUGGAGGAGAAGAUGGCGGCCAAGCAGCCCCCGCCUCUGAUGAAGAAGCACAGCCAGACGGACCUCGUGAGCCGCCUGAAGACCCGCAAGAUCCUCGGCGUGGGCGGGGAGGAUGACGACGGGGAGGUGCAUCGCUCCAAGAUCAGCCAGGUCUUAGGCAAUGAAAUCAAGUUUACCAUUCGGGAGCCUUUGGGGCUCAGGGUCUGGCAGUUCGUCUCUGCUGUGCUCUUCUCCGGCAUUGCCAUCAUGGCGCUUGCCUUCCCUGACCAGCUCUAUGAUGCGGUCUUUGAUGGAGCCCAGGUGACCAGCAAGACCCCCAUCCGCCUCUACGGCGGUGCCCUCCUCAGCAUCUCCCUGAUCAUGUGGAACGCUCUCUACACGGCUGAGAAGGUCAUCAUUCGAUGGACCCUGCUCACCGAAGCCUGCUAUUUCGGGGUCCAGUUCUUGGUGGUCACUGCCACGCUAGCUGAGACGGGCCUCAUGUCCCUGGGGAUCCUGCUGCUCCUGGUCAGCCGCCUCCUUUUUGUCGUCAUCAGCAUUUACUACUAUUACCAAGUCGGCCGAAGACCCAAGAAGGCCUAGUUGCCCACUGGGCCUGGGGCCCUGCCCAUGCCUGGGCCAGAGUGGCGCUGGGGCCUCGGCUUCCCUUUGGCUCCUGGAAGGCAGGAGGGUCCCCUGCCCUGCCCCAGUCCUGCCCCAGGGAGGCAGGGGGUGGGGGGCCUUCCUUUCCUCCUGGGCACCCCGUGUGCUGUGAUCUCCUGGGCUUUCAGGCUUGACAUGCUGGUUUGGGGAGAGACAGGGCCUCUGCUGCCCUGUUCUUCACCCUCACAGUGAUACCUCCUUUCCUUGGGUCUCUUGGCCUCCAGACCCCCUCAAUAGACACUGACUAAAGUCAAGCUGGAGUCAUGAGGGUAGUGGGCUAAGUCGAGGGUCCAGCCUCUUCUGCCAGGAAGCCCUUCUUGCUUUUGAGAGAGGCUGUGACCACCCCCCAUCCUUCUCCCUACACUCCCAGCCAACCUAGUGCCCAAGCAGCUAAACUUGGCUUCCUUCUAAUCCUGGAAAACCCUGUACCCCUCCUCCUCAAUCUGGCCCUCUCCACAUGCACACCCUGAAAACACACACAGACACACAACACACACACAUACACACCCCUGAACACACACACAGACACACAUACACCCAUGAUGUGAGCAAACACACACACGUGCGGCUUCAUAGCCCAGCCAAGGGCAUGCAGGCAGGGUGUGCUGUCUGAGAUGGCACCUCCCUUUCAGCCAUUCUUCAAGAAUGGGACACACACAGCUAGAAGUCCUCUCCCAGCUAGAAGUCCUGUCCCCACUCUCCUGGCCUGACAAGAUGAGCUCUCCUGGGACCUUGCUCUAGGGCACUCUGCCUCUACCCUAGGACACUGGAAUGCCCUGGGAGCCCCCUCCCUGCAACCAGCCUGAGUUCAGAGGCAGCCAGCAGCUGCACCCACAGGCCCCACGGACAAAGGGACACACAGCCCCCAGUGGAGACCAUUGUAAGUGGUGGGGCUGGGAGAGGAGGAACAGAAGGAAAGCCAUAGCGCUCCCUUGCCCCUUGGCAUGUACCCCAAGGCCUGAUGGCCACUGGGCUCAGCCUGUCCCCCACUCCUGCCUGCUUCCCGGUGAGCUGCCCCCCACACGUGCAGCCCGGGCUGCCUCCAGGGUCUGGCUGAGUGGGAUCAGGUGGCCCUCCAACUCAGCACAGGAAAUAAGUAGAAACAUUUCAGCAGGCCGCCUCCCCUCAUCUCCCCCGCCCUGUCCAGCGCCCUGGCAAAGGCUGACAACUGGCUGUCUUGGGGCUGAACAGCCCCUGCCCUGCCUCUGAGGGCCCACCAGCCUGUGCUGCAUACCCACCGCCCAGCUUCUCCCUGAGGGCCCACCAGCCUGUGCUGCAUACCCACCGCCCAGCUUCUCCCUGAGGGCCCACCAGCCUGUGCUGUACACCCCGUUAGUCCCUGAUCCCAACCCUCUCCCUCCUGCCAGCACACCGACACACACACCGGAAGUGGCGAGCCCAAGCCCUGGGGACAGGUGUAGGGAGAAAAGCAGCCCCAGGCCUCAGACUCGCUUCCCAUCCUGGCAUAGAGUGGGGGAUGGCUGGAGGGUGUCUAUAGGUACAGCCCGCUCUGGCUGCUGCCAGGUGGGCCCCUGCCAGGGGUCCUCACCCCUGUCCACCCUGUGCCUGGCUGUCCGUGCACCCAGAUACAGCAACAUGGCCUGUACCCAGCAGUGGUGGCACCACCAUGGUUACAGCGGAUGCCCCGAGACUCUGCUUGGUAAACGUGGCAGAGCAGAAUGGGAGGCUGGACCCUGAGGAAGGGCCCCUCUCCUGGCAUCUGUCUCUUGCUACCUAAGCCUGUGCCUCUCCCUAAAGAGCUGCCUCCCUGCUGCCGAGCCCUGGUCUGGCCAUGAGCCACUACUGCCUCCCACAGGCACCACUGCCUCCCACUGCUGCCCACAGGUGGUGCCGCCAAUGGGCAGGGCCCUCAGGCCGAAGCCUCAAUCCCCCAUCUGAGCCAGGCCUAAUCCUAAUAGUGAUGGUUGGGUUGUCCUCCCAUAACUGCAGGUGGAUUCCACCUGGGGAAUGAGGCUGCGUGUCGGGCGUCUGCUGGCCCUGAGACAUCCAGUCUUCCACACUCAACUGUGGGAUGGGAGGGUGGCGUGGCCUUACCCCAUGAGGCUGUCCAGGCUCUGGCACACAGCUGUGCUCCCAAAAUACUGGGUGGCUUGGUUAGACCUAAUUGUAGUGGAGCCUGCAGGUGAGGGUGAGGGAGGGGGCUGCAGGUCAGGUAAGAUCUGGAAGACAGACGUACAGCCUGGAGGGCAGGGGGACUCUAAGGCAAGGAGAUUUACAGUUGGGAAGGAGGCAGUGGCAGAGGGGUGAGGGACAGGGGCCCUUAAGUCCAGCGAGGAAAGCUCGGUGUGGGCCCGCUCUCCGCUCCGUCUGGGGUGACCUGGAACGCCUCUUCUCCCAGCCAUCAGCAGCCUCUUGUCAAGCUUCUGCCUCGCCCCAGUCUAUCCCCAACCCCAAAUCAAGACCACCUUUCUUCACGGUCACUAUUUAUUCUUUGUUCCUUUUUCUUUUUGUAAGAAACAUUCACAAAAACCAGUGCAAAACCAUCA